GGAAAUUAGAAGCGAGGAGCUACACAAUGAUGUUUCAUAGUGGAGAACAUAGUAGGUUGCCAGCUGUACUUGAGCAAGGGUUAUUUAGAGGCUUCUAUAACAACUGCCAUGUCUAGUGAAAUUAAUGUGUUGGUUCCUGGUCCUGACAACGAUUUGAUAUGGUCCCUAUUUUAUAGUUUAACCACAACCUACUAAUGCCAAGCCUUUUAGGCUAAGAAGCGAGAAAGAUGGAUUAUUAAAGAAGCCAUAAUAGAGAGAAAGCCUAAUCUUCCUGCUCAUGAGAAAGAGGUUACAAAAGAUAUAAGUCGUUAUAAAAAGGAUGCAAGUGGGAUCAAAACCAGUUCCUAAUACAACACAGCAAAGACCCAAAGCCAGUUUAAUGACAAUAUCACCUUCUAUCCAUCCACAACCUCAAGGGGUUGCUUCACCAAGCAAGAAGAUAAGGAGGCCAGGUCAGCAAUUGGGUGUAAUAUUGGAGAAAUCUAGUAAAUUAACCGGUGAUGAGGUGGCAGGACUCAACAUACGUGAAGCACAUGUGUUUUCAACAACCGAUGGCUAUUCUUUGGAUGUGUUUGUGUUUGAUGGAUGGCCUCUUCAGGAAACAAAGGCUCUACGUGUAGCAAUGGAGAGAGCUAUUGCUAGGAGUGAGGUAUGGGCUUGUAUUGAAGCUUGGAUUCUUGGAAAAAUGUAUCAUGUGGAAACAGAAGCAUAACAAUAAGAAGUAGAAACAAGAAGAUGUUCCUUAAUAGCAAUGUAGUAUUAGGUUAUAUAGUUAGGGAAAACCUCUUAAUAACAAUGUACAAUCGGAUCCCCUUAAUACCAAUG